AUGAACAUUCGUAUCGAUCGUACGGAUAGUGCGGUUGUGUUGCCCUUCAAUGAAGUUUACAAUGAAAUCCAGAAACAACUAAAACACAACAUCACAUCUAAUACCCAUGUCUUCGAGAUAUUUGACACGGAUUUUAAUGAAUACUGUAUUAUAACGAGUGAUAAUCAUGUGAUUGAAAACCUGUCGCGACUACGGUCGCGACUACGGGUGCGGCCGAAGACAGUGAACAACGAGUCCAUAGGUUUAGGCAUUAAUCGGGACUCAAAUGUUGGCCACAAAUACAGCCAUAAAAUACAGUACGAGAAAAAUGAGCUCAACUUAAAUGAAAACAACUUUAAUAAAUGUGAGGACAGUAUUAAUGAUUACGAGGACAGGGAGGAGACGGAGGGCUCGACUGCCGGUGACAACACAUCCCUAAGUGUCUGCACUAAUAGUGAGAGUAACAGCGAUUCACUGCCGCCACCGGAACCUCAAUCACCGACACCUCCAUUGCCACCAAAAUUGCCACAAAAAAUGCCCGAAAAUGUGAUCAAAGAGUUUAACGCUGAGAAUGGUAUAAAAGUGACCGACAGGGAUGACAACUCCGAUCAGUCCAUCGCACCCGUAGUCAACUCUAGCCUUACCAAAACCAUGGGCGCCAAGAAAUCUCGGUUUUCAUUCACUAAAUUUGUCACAAACGCCGGCUAUUAUGUGAAGCAAUCGCUAGGGCUGUCCACCCGUACCGGUGAUGGUGUGGGCAAUGAGACGGUGGCUGCUGGACAAUUUAAUACAGGGCAACAAAUUGUUACACCUGUAACUGUAGCUACGCCUUCGGUCACAUCAAUACCCUCGCCAUUAGCGCCCGGCUCUCACCCCUCGGCGCCCAUCAACUAUCUGGACGUUGAACUCAAUGCGGAAACAUUUUCCACAACCGGCAGUUCCCCACACAUGCCGUACAUUACAUUCACAGCAUGUGUGGGCACAGUAUGGGUGACUAGAAUUAGGUUUUGUGCUGACGAGUACCGGGCGGUCGUACGGUUAGCACAGAUAUUGAGCGCCAGGGCGUCGGCGAGAGAUCCGGACGUCAUUGUCAGACAAAUGGCCAAAAGUGGUUUCGAUGAUUGGGAUUAUGACAAGUGUUUGAAUUACUUUUACAAUGCACUGCAUUUGUAUAAAACGUGUUUGGCGAACUGUCCGAACCGGGAGACGGCGGCCACCGUUUACCCCCUGUUCAACACAAUGCACUCAUUUGUACCCUAUUUUCUCAUGACUGCCGACGCUUUUGGCGAACUAAACGAAUUGCGGCGAGAAUUUACCGAUAAAUGUGACCAAUCCGGCAAAAAUGAUCUUGCUAAUCACACAAUUAGUACACAAAUAGGCCACCAAUUAAUGGACAACACAACACUUGAGCCCCCGGUUUUGGACAUCAUUCAACCCAAGUAUGCGUCCAUAACCCGCACAACUAGUGAACAGAACCCGAUUGACUAUUUGGCACUACCGGUAACGGGACCGCUGCGAUACGUGCGACCAAAACAACUCCUGGUUCUCUUCAAAGGGACUCACCAUUUGAAUCGCUUCGUCAACACAACGGCACAGAUGGGUAAAAACGAGUAA